GCGGCGAAGCAAUGAGGGGGGGGGGCGGGGAGGGGGGAGCGGCGCUGAAGUACAGGUAACUGCGCCCCUGCCCGGCGUUCGGUGCCCCCUGUCCGCUCCCGCUUCUGUUGCUUCACAGCAAGCACAUGGGAAAUACGGGCAGGGCGAGCUCCAGUCCCCCGCCCGCGCUCCUGCCAGGUCUCCGCGUGAGUCUCUGGCGUCCUGCCCCAGCCGGGCCAGCUCGGGACGCCCCGUGGAUCCGGGGGCUCUUAGGGGCCUUGCGAACCCGGCGGGCCGAGGCAGUCUUCCCCUGGGCCCGGCCGUUCCUGUUGGCUGCAGACGCAGACCGCGAGCUCGAGGACGCUGGUGUCCAGUUUCCCUUGACCUUGAGGACCCGGGAAGGUCGUAUGAGCCAUGGCUAUGACUAGCGUCAGAUUGCCCAGCAGCGUUUUAAGAAAGCCAGAUGCCUGGAUUGGGCUCUGCGGAGUGCUACGAGGGACACCUUCACAUAAACACUGUGCUUCCUGGAAUCGAUACUUACAUUUGUCUAGUACCAAGUUAAAUGCUUCAAAUUAUAAAACAUUUUUCCAUAACAUUUUCUCACUGAGACUCUCAGGGCUUUUAAUGUCUCAAGAAUAUAUUUUCCCAUUUUCCAUAAGACUCAAAAGUAAUGUAAGCUCUAAAAAAUCCACUAAAAAGACUCUGCAAAAAGUGGAAGAUGAAGGGGACUCUGAUGAAGAGAGUGAGCAUCGUGAGAUGAGUGAGCAGGAAGAGGAGCCAGAGGACGACCCCAGUGCGGUCAGAGACCAUAAGGACCUGGACAAAGUAGUGCAGUCUUUCCGAUAUGAUGUUAUCCUGAAGACGGGUCUCGAUAUCGGGAGAAACAAAGUGGAAGAUGCAUUCUACAAAGGUGAACUCAGGCUGAACGGGGAAAAAUUAUGGAAGAAAAGCAGAACGGUGAAAGUGGGAGAUACAUUGGAUCUUCUAAUUGGAGAGGACAGAGAAGCAGAAACAGAGACAGUGAUGAGGAUUCUCCUGAAAAAAGUGUUUGAAGAGAAGACAAGCAGUGAGAAAUACAGAGUGGUGUUACGGCGGUGGAAAAAGUUAACAUUGCCUAAAAAAAGUACACUCAAAUAAAUGGAUUGCUUUUUA